AUCUCUAGGAUCUCUGUCAUGCCCUUUGACUUUCCCCUGAACCUACAGGCCAUGACCCUCGAGAAGCUGCAGUUUGCUCUCCCCGCCGUUUUCACUAUUGGUCCCGACAACGAGCUUGACGCCCUGAAGAAGUAUGCUCUCUUACUCUCCGGAACGACCGAAGGCGAUGAGCAGUUGCAACCCAAGGUUCAUGUGCCCGCCCGUCGCAACCAUGUGCAAGACAUUGUCAAGGGUAUUAUCGAGGGUGAAACCCGUGUCAUUGUCUCCAGCAUGACCAUGGAAGAGAUCUUCAAGGAGCGCCAGAUCUUUAAAGCAAAGGUUAUUGAGAACGUCCAGAACGAACUGCAGCAAUUUGGUCUACGAAUCUACAAUGCCAACGUCAAAGAGCUGCAAGAUACCCCUGGAAGCGAAUACUUUGCUUUCCUUAGCCGCAAGGCUCAUGAAGGUGCUUCUAACCAGGCCAAGAUCGACGUCGCCGAGGCCCGAAUGCGCGGUGAGAUUGGAGAGGCCGAAAAGAAGGGUCGCACCAAACAGGAGAUCUCCAAGAUCGAUGCCGAAACAGCCGUUCUUGAGACCAAGCGCAAGGCGGAAAAAGCCAAGGCCGACUCCGAACUGACCAAUCGUCAAACCGAACUUGAACGAGAUAUUAAACUGGCCAAGAUCACAGCCCAGCGCCAAACGGAAAUGAGAGACGCCGAAUUGCAAAAAUCCGUCGAGUCCGCCCGCGCCGAGACCGAAUUGGAGCGUCUUCGUGCCAGCGAUGUCACAAAGAGCAAGAUCGCCCGUGAAUCUGCUGAGCAACGGGCCGAUGCUUCAUUCUAUACAGAGCAGAAGUCUGCCGAUGCUGCCUUUUACCGUCAGAAGAUUGAUUCCGACGCAGCCUACUACCGCCAGAAGCGUGAAGCAGAAGGUAUUAUGGAAAUGGCCAAAGCAUACCGCGAAAUGGUCGACACCCUCGGCGGCCCACAGGGCUUCCUCCAGUUCAGAAUGAUCGAGACUGGAAUCUACGAGAAAUUGGCCAAGGCCAAUGCUACUGCUUUCCAACUCAGUAAAAUUGACUCAGAAUAUUAUCAACGUCCCAACGAGUGUCCCCACUGGUUGUCCAUAACUCAAAUCGACUAUUUUAUCAUGGCUCGCGAACAAAAUGGAGUGCGCGCCAACUGGAAAUGCUUAGCUGCAUGUACCUUGGUAUCUAUGUCGCCGUUUCAGUAUGGUGUUGACUUUACUUUGAUCGGCGGCUUUCAAGCCAUGGUCGGGUUCCUUCAGCUGUGGAAUGGACCGAUCGCAACUUAUAUCGGACGGAAAUCUGCUCUUUGGGUAGCUUGUUGUUUGAUUUACAUAGCAAACAUUAUUAUGAUGACCACCGAAUCUAUUGGUGCCUUAUAUGCCGGUCGGUUUAUUAUCGGCCUUGGAAAUGGCCUGCUUCUGACUUUUGGGCAACUCUACAUUCAAGAAAUUUCUCCGGCUCGCUAUCGUGGCGUUAUGAUCUCGAUCUUUCAAUGCUGGACAUCUUUUGGCUCCUUGAUUGGAACUAUUGUCGACAACUUCACCGCCAAAAUCAUCGGGAAAAAUAGUUACAUUAUCCCACUAGGAAUCAUCUACGUGAUACCUGUAAUUCUGUGCUUUGGGAUGUUUCUCAUUCCAGAAUCUCCUCGCUGGCUUUUGCAGCAACACAAAAGGGAGCAAGCUCACAAGGCAUUGAUGUGGCUUCGUCCUAGCACUGAAAUUGUCGAAGCCGAAAUGGCUGACAUCCAAGCUGCCCUAGACAUGGAACAGAACCUUGCUGCUAGCGCGUCGAUAUGGGACAUGUUUACCAACCCGGUGGAUCGGCGACGAACCAUCCUCGCUGUCUGCGGCGUAACCCUACAGGCUGCAACAGGGGCUAUGUAUAUGAUUGCUUAUGGUACAUAUUUCUUUGAGAUGGCACAGGUUGGUAGCCCCUUUGAGAAUAGCUGCAUCCUGACCGCGCUGGGCGUGGUGGCUAUCAUGAUCAAUAGCUCUGUUGUAGCAAAAAUCGGUCGACGACGACAAUUCUUAAUGACUGGUAUGACUCUGUGCGGUAUUAGCCAGCUUAUCACCGCAGUGAUCUACACUGUUCAGCCAGGCUUGCCGUCUACUGGAAAGGCUAUUGUUGGGCUGGCGGUGAUAUUCAUCGUUGGAUACAAUGGAAUGGUCUCAUCUUAUGCUUGGGUCUCUGGCGGAGAACUCCCUUCGCAGCGCUUGCGAUCGUACACGUUUGGUCUAGCUGCUGCUAUAGGGUUUCUAGGAGCGUGGCUCACAACUUUUACUGCGCCAUACUUUAUCAAUCCAGAUGCGUUGAAUUGGGGUCCAAAAUACGGCUUUAUCUGGUUUCCUUCCUGCUUGAUCGGUGCUGUCUGGGUGUUCUUCUUCCUACCAGAAGUCAAAAACCGCACUUUGGAGGAAAUUGAUGAAAUGUUCGAGAUGGGAAUCCCGGCACGCAAGUUUUCGGCGUACAAAUGCGUUGGUCGUGCGGCUUUAGCAGCGAUCGAGCAAAAGAAUACUGGUGGUGGUGAUGGUGAUGAUGCAGUGAAUGCAGAAAAGAAGGGAACCACUGCUGAAGAGGUUGAGAAUGUCGACUAG